UUAGGUUCCAGCAACGGAAUUGGAAGAGCUGCGGCAGUCCUUUUUGCAAAAGAAGGAGCUAAAUUAACGAUUACAGGACGAGAUGAGAAAGCACUUGAGGAAACGAAGUCAGAAUGUUUGAAGGCCGGUGCAAAGGACGCUGAUUUGUUAUCAAUAAUUGGGGAUAUUACAAUCGAGGAGAUUCAGAAUAAGCUAAUUGAUGAAACAGUGAAAAAAUUUGGCAAAUUGGAUGUUUUGGUAAAUAAUCAUGGAGGCGCUUUCCAAGAGCGAGAUAGCACAGGCAAAUAUCUUCUUGACGUUUUUGAUAAGACUAUUAAUCUUAACUGCAAAAGUUCGCUUGCGAUGAGUGGAAAAGCAAUGUCGCACCUCAAAGCCACGAAGGGCUGUAUCGUAAAUGUAAGCAGCAUAGCUUCUAAAAUGGAGGGCGCUCCACACGUUUUUUACGCAGCAGCAAAAAGUGCUCUGGAUCAUAUUACUAGGAAUUUAGCUUUAGAGAAUGCCAAAAGUGGAGUUCGCAUAAAUGCAGUAAACCCAGGAGUAAUCAAAACACAGUUUAUGAAAAAACUAGGUUUUACAGACGAAGCUAUAGAAAAAACCCUGAAGGUUGUAACUGAAGAAUCGAUUCCAAUUGGACGAUUUGGAGUCCCGGAUGAUAUUGGGCACAUGAUACUGUUUUUGUCAGAUAAUAUAACAGCCGGGUUUAUUACGGGGCAAACGUUUGUUGUUGAUGGAGGAACAACGUUGACGAAUCCCUGGUACAACAAUCCGCGUAUGGCAGAACUUAUGAAACAUUAA